CUUGUCUUCUACAGCAACCAAUGCCUUGCAGAUUACCUUGAGAUGACGACAAAGACCUCAGUUGAAAACUACGUAGUACACAUGGAAGGGUUCAUGAUCUCUGGGAUUGAAGGUACCCUUCUAUUCCAUAUGCUUAUCCUGGUUAUUGGUAAUCAUGUCCAGCAGACGCUCCAGCUUAAGGCAAGAAUCUCCAAGCUGGUCCUCGCAAAAGCCAUUUCACUGGUCCCGAUCAAAUGCAUGGUCUACCAGAACUUCGAAGAGAACAUUACUGCAAAGUAUCACCUCACCAUCAUCAAUUAUCUGCUCAAGAGGUUCUGUUGCCCCAGUGACAUCAGCUCAAAGAGCGAGCUGGAGCUUCUGCUUCAUGCUUGGAAAUCAGGUGCAACGUACUGGGAAUAUCUGUCUGAUGAGGAGUUCAGACAAUGGGAGACCAUGCAGUUCAAUGUGAAGAUGGCAGAAAUGUGUGGCAACAAUGACAACAAUGGUGACGACGCUCACAUCAACAUCACCGAUCAUGCCUAUGCAGCCAGAGAUGAAGCAGGCUUGCACCAUGGAUAG